GGAAAAGGUGACACACAAAAGGGAAUUUACUUUUUAUUUCAAAAAGAAAAAAAAAAGAAAGAGGUAGGUUGAAAAAGCAGAAGAACGAAGAAAGAGAAAUCACGCAGACACUGUCAUGUGUUUGUCCCCCGCAUGGAAUCCGGCUUCUACCUAUCUGCUAGACUCGACUGCGACGCCAACUCAUCCAUGUUGUCACCAUGGACGGCUAUCCCGCAUACAAUCCCAACGGCAAUAAAAACGAUUCGACGGACCUAGAACCUCAAGCGGAUUUGGGCCGGCCAUGGGGAAUCAUUCUGAGUCCAGAGCCCCAGAUCCCAACAGACAGCAGCGCUCGCACGAACCCCUACGUCACAGCAACGCAGGAAAGACCCUUUCUGCACUCCCGCAUGUCAUCCACGUCGUCGGCAUCGCAAGAGAACCAAAAUGCGACAAAAGUCGCAAUUCCUCGAGCCACCCACUACGAUACCACAUCUCGUCGCCGGUCAGCCCGGGCGUGUGAGCCUUGUCGACAGCGGAAGGUCAAGUGCGACGGGAAUAGACCCAUCUGCCAACAAUGCGCGAAAUAUGAUGUGAUGUGUUCCUAUAUCGACGUGAAACGGGUGAGAGAGCAGAAGCAACUCAAGACCUUGACGAAGAAGGUCGAGCGGUAUGAGGCAUUGCUGCGGGAUUUGGAAGCGGGCGUUGACGCCGGUGCGGCGAGACAGAUAAGGAGGACUCUAAGGCCCAAAGUUACGCAGGAAAUCAAGCAAUCUCAGGCCCAGGACGACGGCGAGGAAUCAGAUUCAUCCGGUUCGUCUGUCGCAUCGCUAGAGGCAAUCGAUUUAGUCGAAGAAGAUAUCAAUCGCAACGAAAAAUCCAGAGCGGCUGGGUAUUUUGGCAAGAAUUCAGAGGUCGCGUGGAUGCAGAGGCUGGAGGAUGAGGCAGAACAUCGCAGUCGACAGGGUGAUGACCCGUUUGGGCCUGAGGGCCAGGGAUUUGACGAACAACAUCAACAGCAACAGCACCAAUCGAGGAAUGACAUCCCCAUCGCGAUGAUGAGCUACCAUCUGGACGAUCUAAAUAUCCCCCUUGUGGACCAGGCCGACCCCUAUGAUUUGCCGCCCAAGGAGCUGGCGGAUCGUUUUUUCGCGGCGUAUAUGCAUUCGGUGCAUCCGUCUUUUAACGUCAUUCGGAAGGCGACGUUUACAUCACAGUACCAGAAGUUUUUCAGUCAGCCAUCCCAGCCGCCGCGCAGGUGGUUGGCUAUUUUGAAUAUGGUAUUUGCUAUUGGGUGUCGAUAUUGCCGGCUCGAUAAUGAUGACUUUGGCGAUGGGGAUUAUAAUGAUCUGGUGUACCUGACUCGAGCGAGCAAGUUGGCUUUAAGAGGAAGUGUGCUUUUUGAACAUCCGGAUCUUCAGCAGGUUCAGGUGGAAUUCCUGGUGGCGUUUUAUUUACUUGCGAUGGGACAGGUUAAUCGCGCAUCGAAAAUUUCCGGAGUAGCGUUUCGAUCAGCUAUAUCACUUGGAAUCAACCUUCGCUUUGUCGAUGGGCACACGCAUUACGCUGCAAAGGAAGCCCGGAGUCGUCUCUGGUGGUCUAUUUACGCUCUCGAACACCUGAUAACCGCCACCACCGGUCGAGUCUCGUGCGUCGGGGAGGGCCUUGGGUCCGUGUCUGCACCGCUCCCAUUCGAAGAAGAGUCCUUUCACAAGCCUGAAGUCCAAUCUCUGAUCAAUGAUCAAUCAUUACGAGAGAAUCGCCUGAAAUCAACCAUCUUCGAAACAGAACAGGAGACCAAAUCUAACGCGGAGUGGCUGGCGACGUGCGAGCCCAACCCAUCCCUGUUCUUUUAUUACACAAUCGACCUCGCCGUCAUCACCCAAGCAGUCAUCAACCAAGUCUACAGCAUCCAGGGAUUACGCGAUCGACACUUCCAACUCGACCAACGCAUUCAGAAAUACUCCUCAAAACUGGAUAGCUGGCUAUCCAAGAUCCAUACCGCGUACCGAUUCACCUCUGUCCCGAACGAUCCAACAAACGACCAAUUCGCGCUCCCACCAUCAUUAUCCACCAUGCCAGAAACCCAGCAAUACAUCCGCGAACGCGUCAGCCUUGCCAUACACUACUACAGCGCCCGAAUCACCCUCUGCAGACCCUGUCUCACCCACAACCACAGCCACCAACCGCGAUCCAAUUGCUCCUCCCCAUCGGCCACCUCCGACCACCACCAAAGCACCCGAUCCCGACACAGACACGACAUGGCCCUAACCUGCCUCCGCUACGCCUGCUGCCUCAUCUCCAUCCUCCCCAACGAACCAGACCCCACAUGGCUCAUCCACGUCUCGCCCUGGUGGAGUCUUCUCCACUUCCUCGUCCAAGCCACCACGGUCUGUCUAUUAGGUUUCUCCAACUGGCCUUCCCCUUCUACCAUAGCCCCAGAAGAACAACAGCAGCAACAGCAACAGCCCUUCUUACACCCCCCGCCGCAGCUGGAGGUAUCGACCGUCGUGACACAGACGAAGAAGGCUUUGCGCUGGCUACAUCAGAUGGCGGGUGCGGAUGCCGCGUCUCGGAGGGCGUUUAUCCUGUGUAACAGUUUUAUGAGACGGAUUGCACCGAGUUUGGGGAUUGAUGUCGAUGAUUUGCCAGAGGUGGAAUCUUUGCCGCCUUUGAAGGGAUUUGUUGAUGGUGAAGUUGACGGUGAAGAUAGUAUUGAUAGGGCGAUUGAAAGUUGAUUUUUUUGGAUAAUUUAACUAUAUAGUAUUCAUGAAAGCGUUAUGGAAGCUCAUGUUCAAAUUGAUAGAAAUGAAUAAGCUUAUUUAUGGUUCCAUCAGGCAAUUUCCACAGAAUAAUACAUAAAUGCAGCCAAGUGAAAGCGUAUAUUAGAAAAAUAGCCAUCAUUGAUAUCUGGUACAAGAUGAAUGCAAUCCGUAUCCACUAUAAUACCUACC